AUGCCGACUACGAUGCCGGCGAAGCGUUUAGGAAAGUACCAAGUCAAUGGUUUAAUGCUAGAAAUCACUAAUAAUAUGGCAGAUGACACAAAUCUGGGUAUAUUCCACAAGCCGACCUCUGCUUUCCUCAAAUUCCCAGUCUGGAUUCCGGUUUUUCCAACUGCCACUUCUAAUGACCACGUACCAGCAACAGCUGGGGCCGCGGCCGAAGGUCCAUCUUUAUCGUCGGCAUCAGAGCCCGGCGAGUCGCCUCACUCCUUCCUGUAUCACACCUCCGCCCGGCCCCGAGUCUCCGAACUGGGGCCCCGGACUCGUCUGCUGUUGGUUCAAACCUCCAGACUGCCUGAGGCGACCAGUUGUGCCUCACCAGCGGACACCGAGGAUUGCGAGGCUCUGAUGGCUGGUUCAAUCUCUUUUGCAGGGCAGGAAAAGCACGGCCCCGAGUGUGCUACAGCUCAAAAUGAGAAGAGCCGGUUUCAG